ACCAAUAGUUAGUGUUUGCCGUGAGUGUCACUGAGAUUGUGAUUCCUGCUAUGGAAAAUUGUUGUCAGUGAGUAUGUAAGCGAAUGUGUGUGUGAAUGGAAGAGAAUUUUUUUCUGACCAUAGAAAUGUUGAAUGCAACAGUGUAGUCUUAGCAGCCCGAGUAACCGAGAACUUUUCACAUAUCUAAUAUGGUGAUAAAUCUUCCAGCCUGUUUCUUUUCAACUAUGCUACUCUGAGUAAUAGUGUAAGUACAGUUCACUUGGCUGUAGAUUCCCUUUAAAACUCACAAGUUAACAACCUGCAAAACUGUUUAGAAUUUAGUGGCAAGAAUCAUUUGAUAAUUGCAAAGCCAACAUUUGCCUUCCGUAGAGACACAUUACAUGUGUGCAUGAUUAGAUCUGUUUAAAUUUAAAUUAUUAUUUUUUUAAUUAUUUCUUUUGUUUAUUUAUCCUAAGCAUUAUAUGAUUAAUAGCUUAUAUCGCAUAUCAAACAUAUCAUGAGGGUUACCUGUUUUCCAGAUAUUGAUAAGAAUGCCCAUAUUAAAGCUUCAUUGGCAUAUAUAUUGGGAUUUUAGAUUUAAAUACCUCAAACAUAAACAGUGUUUGUGAUUGAGGAUUAAACAGUGACCGAAAAUACAUCAUUCCACGUAAUUUUAUUGGCUUCACGCUCAUAAAAUGACAACUUUUGCACAAGCACAGGGCUUGUUAGGGCUUAAUAUAAUGUUGAGUUUGUAUAUUAUUUUAAAUCAUAAACUGUGAAUGAAUUAUUUGUACUUCUCAGCAUACUAUAUAUUUACAUGAAAAUGUCAUAAGAUGCAUAAUUAGAAAUCUGAGAAAUCUGAUGGACAUUAGCAUUACAAUUAACAAUGUAAUAAUUCAGAAUUAUAUAAUCUGUACUAAAGUAAUUCUCCAAUUGGGGCAUCAGGGGUGGAUAAAUCACAAAUUUAUUAGCUAGUUCACCAGUGAAGUGGAAGCACUAAUGUGGUGCCUAGCCCCAUUUUUCCGAGUUUUGGUAAAUCUAACUGACUAGGCUAGAAAGUGGUAGCUCACAUAAUGUAACAUAUGGCCAGCUAGUUAAGUACAUUAAUACAGACUAAGGGAAUGAGUUGAGUAUAUGAACUAAAACUGUAACCAUAAUCCUUAUCCUAUGAUAAAGUUUGCGAUGUAUCACAUUGUUUUUGCGACCUCAGCAAAAAAGUCAGCAAGUCAUCGGUGAAUGUUUUCUAUAAGCUGUAAUGUUGAUUGGAGUCUGAUGUCUUUAUUUUAUAAUAUGUUUAGUUAUGACGUGACUGCUAUCAACCAGAUUGCCUUGGCUAAUGUGUGCAAUAGGCAGUGGUAUUCAAGGUGUCGCAUGAAAAUCAAAUGAAAACUUUUGUUUUGCGAAAGUAGUAAGGUUUUAUUUUAUUUCUUUGGUUGUUUAACCUACUUGUCUGCUGGGCAGCGAAGGAAAACAAACAAACAGCCCAGACAGAAAAUCAGCUUGUCCUGGGCUAGUGAUUUGUCCACCCCUGGUUUAAAAUCCUAGCAAAUAAAAUAGGGUUCCAGCACUGCUAGUGCUUGGACCCCUAAUAAACUGUCAUAUAUAGUAAAGGAAACUGAAACAGUCUCUGAAAUGAAUUAGUAUUACUGAAUUAAUGUACUAUCAAAAACAUUUCCAAGUGCAUCUUCAUCCUCCAAGCCAUCAUAUGAUCUUGUCCAGUUGCAGAAAGACUGUUGAUUUAAAAUUAUUUAGCUAAUAUUAGCCAAUAUUUAGCUAGAUCACUGUGUCUCUUUUGCCCAGCCUCAACAGACUGUUGCUUUUGCUAUGCUAAAUACCAGUAUGCAUUCAUAUGACAUUAAGUGCUAGAAUAAUUGCUGAGUAAAUAAUGUGUUUUCGUGUGUAUGCAAUUGUGAUGUUCUUUUUACAGCUAGUGUUAAAUGUCAGCACUUGCAGGGUAUAUGUGGUCCCCAAAAAUCCCCUAGACCUUAACUAGGUUUGUGUAACAACAACAAAGUCCAAUUUAUACCUCUCCUAUCCUCUCCUCUCCUUGUGCCAACAAACAAAAUGUAUUUUUGGAUUGGUUUACUUGUAGUAAACCUUUGUGUUUUGAUUUAUAUUGCUAGCUAUUUUCAUGUGAUUUUGUCUGGCAAAUUAUAGAUGUCAUAAGUUGAAUUUUGCCUUUAGAAUUCUCCAGUUGGACUGUGAUAAACUUGAUCCGAAAUAUCUUCAGAGUUGGAUGUUAAUUGGUUAUGUAGUAUUAAGCAUUGUUGCAAAUAUCGUCUUUGUUUCUAUAAAGUACUUUGGUCAUACUGUUCUGUAACCUUGGUUGCCAAGUCUAACAGAUGGAGUAAGUGAAUUCAUGAUUUGAUGCCUUCUGAUAACAAAUACCUGGUAGAUCUGUGAUUACUUGUCAGAACGUAUCAGGGGUAUUCAACUAAAACUUGUAAAGGACCAGUUUCAUAAAAUUCAUUUCUUACAUAGGGUUGGAUAAACGACUCAUCUGACUGAACGGCAUCAACAAUUACAUUUUAAUGCUUAACCAUUAAUGAUUAGUUCAUGGAUAAAAAUAAGACAAUUUGAAUAACAUGUUUGUUUUUUUCGCAGUGGUGCUUCACGUUACCACUUUUGACUAGUCCCACAGAUUCUUAACAGAUGACAUACAUCGUUUUGAAGUAUGUGUUUAUUCUCCCUGUGUGAAAUUAAAAACAGAUGCUUAUCCAGACCUUUGUAAGCAAGACUUUUUUUAAACAUCAGAUUGGAUUGACAGUACGCUUUUUAUUAAGGAUUGUGAAGAAUCGCCUAACAAGUUCAGUCUGAGGGUUGGAGGUUUUAGUUGUUUUACUGUUUUCCAGCUGUGUAUGUAAGUUUCAAUGUUUGUGACCAUGUGAUAGUUUUUGCUGUUUAAUCUUCAACUGGGUAGUUUAAGAAGUCUGAAUCUUUGCACAUAUAAGCCAAUUUAAUAUAAUUCAUUUGGUUUAUUUGCUUUAAAACCGGUGUAAUGUUCUGCUUAUUUUAUUACCUAGUGUGAAAGUAACUCUAGACUUUGUCCUACAUGGUUAGUCAUUUUUGAUGUCUGAUCAUUUAUCAGACUGCCACAAGCUAAUCAAUCCUAUUUCAUGCAACAACAACAUCAAAAAUUGCAACAAGCGAGGUAAAUUUUAUUGUAUAAAUUAGACAUGCCCCAACUAUAACUCUUACAAAUUUACAAUUAAUCAUGAUAUAAUAACUGACACCAACGAAAAGGGCCUUGAAAUGUCCUCACUUUAUUUUUAUAUAUCUUGUUGGUCUGUGGGCAGUUCACAGUACCAGCUUGAAUCAUUGGUCACACUGCUUAGGCUCAGAUUGCAUUUGUAAAUCCCAGCUUGUACCUGUUACUGUAGCUCUGACUUGCCAAGACGCUGACGAAUCAGUUAGUUAAUAACCCUUUUGGAAAAGUCAUGGGCAGCAUUUCAAUACUAUUUUUAACACACCAUCACCUUCCCUGAGCCAGAAUCCCUGUUGCCCUCUUAAAGGAAAAGUUCACCCUGUAACACAUUAAACAUGUUUAUAUUGAAAUAUUUGUUUUGUUUAACAAUCCUUGUGCUCAUUUGUGCUCUAUUUUUAUUAUUCCUAUGAGUAUGUGCUCCGCUGAUGUCACGGGGGACAAUACUAGUGCAGUUACAAUUGUAUUUAAUAGGAGAAACAAAUUUGAACAAUCUCAAACCUAAGGGAUAACAGUUAGCUUUCACUGUUGGCUCCUAAAAACAAAAGCGCAAUAAUAAUUUCUCACUCACCAAUUUUCAGCAACAUUCAACAUCAUAUUAAUGAGCAUUCCAACAUAGAAGUAACAGUAUGAGAUGCAGCUACACAACACAGUUGUGCUGAGUACAGCAGAGUCUUGGUUCCACUAGUGAACAAACGAUGAGAUGACGAGUGUGAUGGCAUUGGUGGUGGUAUUAGCAUGAAAGCUUUGAAGCUUUGGAAACUGAUCUGUUUGAACAGAGUGCACAGAUGGGAAUGUGAUAGAGCUGGACUGACUAAAAGUCUAAAGCUUUGCUGCAUCGCUCCCUUUAGGUAGACAUAAAAUGAGAACUAAUCCCACUGGCGCCACUAAUAGCAGGUAGCUGAAUGGCAUUGUGGGUAAUGUGGGAAACUGUUAAGCAAAGUGAAAAUAGACAGCCAUUUCAAUGAGCGAAGUUUAAACAAAAAAAGUUUAUAUUAUCAUUAUAAAUAGUACCAUGUAAGUCAUUUAGGGUGGAUUUUUCCUUUAAGAGUCGUUCCAGUACUGUAUUCGCUCAAUGCCAAGAAGUGUAUUAGAUGAGCAAUAAGACAUUUGUGUUGUGUUAUGUAGACAAGACUACUUAAUCUAAACAAUACUGUAAUACAUGACUUUAUUCUACUAGCUAGUUAGGAAGCUAGCUAAUUAACACAGUCAGCAAACCAGCUGGUUUGCACACUGCAUAAAUUGGAAGAAGUGUACAUAUGGCUAAGUUAUAUGCUCAUAAUUCACAUGGGAUGUCAACAAGGGUGUGUUAAAAACAGUAUAGGAAGGCAAGGAUAAUUACGUGUCUAUAAAGUUAAUCCGGUUUCAGUCCCUAUAUGAUCAUUGUACAUUAUUGCAAACCAUUUUAUAUGAAUGCAAACCAAUUGCUUUGCCAGGUUCGCAGUAUGAAAUUAGUCGGUACUGAUAUAGCUCUAUGCAGAUAACACAUAGUAUGGCACUGUGCAUAUUUGUUACAUAUGUUCCUAGCAUUUCUUGGUCAUUGUACUUCAACAUGCAAGUAAUAUAUGAACUUGGUAUUUGUGUUUGGGCAUAUAAUUGACCAAUAGUCUUAAAAAAUUUGAAUUUGACAUUUCUAGUGUAUAAUGGACAUCAUCUUAAACAUAAGAGCAUAAGGUCCUACUGUCAAAAUGUCAUAUUGGCAAAUUGGAUUUCAUGACAUUAAGAACAUAUCGACUUUAACAAUGCUGCAAAAAACAUCUAACGGUAAAAGUGAGCCGUUAUCGGCUUAUGACUGACCCACACAGUGUUUCAUUUUAGCGUUAGCUUUAUUACAAAAAAAAAAAAGUCUAGAGCAAACAAAAAUCUAAAUAUAAUAACCUUUAAAAAUUAUUUUUCAAUUAUGAUUUAAACUUACAAAGUAUUUUUUAUUAAUCAAAAGAUUUUUCCAAUUCUGGCUGAUGUGUUCACCUUUAGGUAAGUUGUAAAUAUAUAUUCUGAAUUUAUAGCAGUGUGUUUUAUUAUUGAUUUAUUUAUUUAAUGCAAAUGUAUUUUUGGUUUUUAUGUACUGAAAUUUGCUUACUAACUGGAAAAUAUGAGAAUGUGUGUCAAUUAACAGUUGCAAUGAAUCUGACGUGUAUUGAGCCUGAUUUUGCUAUUAUUUCAAUUGGAAAAAAAGACAAGUUUUUAUUUGGGAGUCUUGCCUCAGGAUUUUUUUGCAAUCUGGCAGUAAUGCUUUCUCUUUUGAUACUCCUGUUUGGUCUUAUUAUUUUCAUCCUCUGAUUGCUAUGAAAUUUCAAUUUCAUUUUAAAACUGAAUCAGACUCUGUAAUUGGCCAUCUGUAGCCAUCAAACUUGGGGGAAAUAUAGCUACUUUAUUUUCUCACUACUUCAGUACUGAAUCCAUUAAUGUAUUUUUGUUUCUAUUCUACCUUCAGCUUAAGAUAUAUAUUUGUCUUGAUAUAAGACGAUUUUUCUUUCUUAUUUUAUUCUAGUAUUUUUGUUACAGUGAUGUCAAAUCAUUUGUAGUUGAUCAUUUCUGACUAUGCUUGUUUUGCUAACGCGACAGGAUUCAAACAUGAUUUUGCUUGUAGAUAAAUUAGAACGUAUUUGAUAAUAGUCUAGGAAGCUGUGUGAUGGUUAUGUGUUAUUAACAAGGUAAACAUAGAAAACAUGGAGAGCUGAUCAGAGUGUAAGUCUCAACUAACAUGAAAAUGUUCAUAUUUAAAAAAUUAGAUUGGAAAAUGAGCCAAUAACUUUUGCACAUAAAGUUUUGCUAAAGGCAUUAUGAAAGGUAGAGUCCUUUAAUAUAGCGAUUUUAGAAAGGAGCCAGUAAUGAAUUACUUACGACCUGUUAUAGGAGCUCUAGUUAGGUAUGUCGAGAGUUUUCAUGUGCUGAAAUACAAUUCCUUGCAUAAGUAUUCACCCUCCUUGAACUUUUCAAAAUUUUAUACUGUUAUAACCUGGAGUUAAAAUGGGCUUAAUUCGGAUUUUUACCUUUCCAUUUACACAAUAUGUCUAACAUUUGAAGCUGCAAAAUAUAAUUUUGUAACACACAGGUUAAUUAAACAAACAAACAAACAAAAAAACAGACAUUUGUUGGUUCCAUAAGUAUUCACCCCCUGGGUCAAUUAUAGUUGAUUAGUAGUCUGCGGGAAUACAUUACGUCUCUGUUAGCUUUGCACCUCUGGAUCCUGAUAUGUUUGCAAAAUUGCUCAAGCUCUGUCAAUCUGGAUGGUGAACAAUAAUUUUUAAGUCUUGCCAUAGAUUCUUAACGGGCUUUGACUGGGCCAUUCUAACAUAUUCAGGUUCUUGGUUUUGAACCGUUCCUGUGUUGGAAAAGGUCACGGGGCAGGGGGAUACUCACGCAAGGCACUGUAAGUUCACUUGAUUUUUCUUCAGUACCAAGAAAUAAAUAUCAUAUUAUUAUUAUUAUUAGAAGCCAUAAAGGAUUUUUAUAUGUGAAAUAUUUCAAGAGAUAUAAAGUUUAAGUUAUCUUCUCCUGCUUUGGUAUUAUGCCAAAUUAGUCUGCUUAGAGACUGUACAUAAACACUUGAUCACAAAUCAUGCUGUAAAUACAGCAUAUAUUAAACAGAACGUUAAAGGCAAGAGUGCUGCAGUGUGUGUGUGUGUUUAUGAGUGUGUUUUGAGGUGCUCAGUGCAGUGCUAGGCCCAUGUGAGUGAAAAUGAGUGUGAUAUUGUUACAUGCCAUGCUGAAAUAAGUUAUAAUACAAUAGAUGUGUCUUAGGUAUUGGUUUUUCCAAUGAGUUCUGGCACAUAUUAUUAACAUGGAAUUGUUCCUGGCAAGACAUGCUUAUGGUGUGAUAUUUAUAUUGCAUUUGCAGCACUUUUUCCUUUUCAAGGGUCAUUUAGAAAUACAACCCCAAUUCCAGUUGGGAUGCUGUGUAAAAUGUAGAUAAAAACAGAAUGCAAUGUUUUGCAAAUCUCAUAAAUGCAUAUGUUAUAACACAUGGGUUUAUAUGGGCUUAUGAGAUUUGCAAAUCAUUGCAUUCUGUUUUUAUUUACAUUUUACACAGUGUCCCAAAUUUUUUGGAAUUGAGGUUGUAAAAAAAAAAAAAAUUAUGGAGCCUCAACUUGCAUGUAAGGUUGCAACCAACAAUUCAAGUGCAUGGCUACUAAGGUCUGCUAAGUGCAUCAUCCAGCCUUGACCACAUGCCAUUUGAUUAUCUGCUCUCCAGAAUUAACUUGUUUCUUUCAACAAUGACACAAAUCUCAACAUUGAAGUGAUGACUUCUUGAAUUCUAGCAUAUUUUUAUUUGAGAAUCUUCAGCCAGGAUCUUAUUGGAAGUCCCAAUAAACGAUUGAAGUAGAGUAUUAAGAAUUUCCUGAAGGAUCCUGUUGCACAUGACUUGAUCAGAUUUUUUUUUUUACUUAUGCUGAUUAUUUUGAUAUGCAUCUCUUAAUAGUUUAUAAUUUUCCUGACAUCAAACUGCUUAACGUUUUUACGGGCUGUAUGCUGUUUUAUUUUAUUUCAUUUUAUUUUCUUGAGGACAGCUAUUUUGCGAUUAUAAUAAACAAAAUAUAGAUGUAGUAUGAAAAAUGAAUAAUACAUUUAUGAAGUAAAUUAAACUGAAAUGAUGCCAUUAUGUCAUUGUGCUGAAAUCUGUAUAAAUAUUUAAUUAUAUAUUAUAUUAAAAUACAUUUGCUAACCUAUAGAUGGGAUUUUUAUUUUUGUGGAAGGUGUGUGGAAGAUGCUUCUCUUUCUGAUGCCAAAAUAAUUUAGUGAAAACAUAAGGGAAACCAAAAGUCCCUCAAUAAAAUGAGCCUGUUACAAGACAAGUAGAACUCAACACCAACAUCAACUUGGAUGCAAGUCUAGUCUAAUUUGUAUGGAAGAACUACUCUUAAAAUACACUUCAAACAGGAAGAAAGCUAUUGACGAAAAACUAUUUCAGACAUUUCACUUUGCUGUGACCUUCAUCCUGUUCAGAUUAAUUCCUAAAUCUAAUCUGUUCAUCUGCUGGUUACAAUGACAACUCUGUAUAGUUCCUUCACCACUUGAUGGCAGAGGCAUAAAAAGGCUACAUGCAUCUUAAAAUCAUUUAAGUAUGAAUGUUGAAGAUGUUAGAUUUAUUUUUUUCUUCAUCUGAAACAAACCUACAUUAUAUGGUCAAAAAUAUGUGGACACCUUACAAUCAUAUCCAUUCCCUAAACUGUUGAACAAAACUGUGUAGGGUGUCUAUGCUGGUAGCAUUACAGUUUCCCUUGACUGGAACUAAGGGACCCAAACCUAUUCCAGCAUAACGAUGCCCCUGUGCACAAAGCAAGCUCCUUGAAAACAUGGUUUGCCAAAGCUAGACUGGAAGAACUCGAGUGCCUACACAGAGCCCUGACCUCAACCCCACUGAACACCUUUGAGAUGAACUGGAAUACCAGCCGCACCCCAGACUCACAUAAUAUCAGUGCCUGAGCUCACUAAUGCUCUUGUGGCUAAUUGGGCAAAUCUCCACAGCCACGCUCCAAAAUCUAGUGGAAAGCCUUUGCAGUAGAGUGGUUAUUAUAACAGCAAAGGAGGAAUAAAUCUGUAAUAGAAUAUUGAAACUGUGCUAAAUGUCAUUAUGUUUCAUUAUGCUAAGUUUCAUUAUGCAUCAUAUAAACAAUAUGCUCUUUAUUACUAUACAAAAAGGAAAACAAUUUUCUACCAGAUUUCUUUCUAAGCACUGACUGGAAUCUUUGAAAAUGCUCAUUAAUGAAUGUCAUAUUAAACCCAAUAAUUCUUUUUUUUAUUUGCUCAUUUUUACAAACUAUUUACAAAUAAACUGUUGAGAAGAACAUUAAUUGCUAAUCAGUCAGAAAACUAUAAAACAGCAAAUACCUUCAUUAUUUAAUUUUUGUCUUAAAUACACUACUAAAUGUUACCUUUAAAUAAAUAUAUAUAUUCAAAAAAACAAAUUUUUGGCUGGAAAACAAGUUGCAGUACACACAUGAACAUCUAGUCUAAUAUACACUCACCAGCCACUUUAUUAGGAACACCUGUAUACCUGCUCAUUCAUGCAAUUAUCCAAUCGGUCAAUCAUGCAACAGCAGAACAAUGUAUAAAAUCAUGCAGAUACAGGUCAAACACACAUCAGACAUGUGCGCAUCACAUGUUAGAAUGGGGGAAAAUUGUGAUCUCAGUGGCUUAUCUCCUGAGAUUUUCACACACUAUAGUUAUAUAAAAAUAACUAUUAUAUAAAAAGAUGUGUUGGAUGGAUAACUGGUAUAGAAAAUGGAUGGAUGAAGUUCUGUAAACAUCCUCCUAACCUCAAGAGGGCGCUGUGAAAAAUCCCAUUUACAGCAUUGAGCCAAUAAACUCUAAUGCUCACGUGGCCACAUUGCUUGGUGAUGAAAAAGCCUGGCUUGACAAUUUUCUGUAGCAUCGCUGCCACACACACAAAAAAAUCAAAUCAAAAGUUUGAACUUGGAUCUAUCCGCAAAAAUACUUGCUUGUGCAUCAAGUGAAGAUUAGUCGAUUGAUCCGCGAUGUAACACUACGAUUAGAGAAUUUACAGAGAAUUAUGGAGAGCCAUGUUUUCAUCCGAGUAGUGGGGAAGGGGAGUUACGGUGAGGUGAACCUGGUGCAACACAAAUCUGACCGUAAAUAGUACGUCAUCAAGAAGCUGAACCUGAGAACAUCGUCGAAGCGAGAGCGCCCACAGCUCGAACAUCCCAACAUCGUCACCUACCGGGAAUCAUGGAAAGGAGAAGACUAUCAGCUUUAUAUAGUUAUGGGCUUCUGUGAGGGAGGAGACCUGUAUCACAGGCUGAAGCAGCAGAAGGGUGAGCUGCUGCCUGAAAGACAGGUGGUGGGGUGGUUUGUCCAGAUCGCCAUGGUACUUCAGUAUUUACACGAGAAACACAUCUUGCACCGAGAUCUGAAAAUGCAGAACAUCUUCCUGACCAAGACCAACAUAAUCAAAGAGGGUAAUCUGGGCAUCGUACGUGUUCUGGAGAAUCAGAAUGACAUGGCCAGCACCCUGAUCGGAACACCGUACUACAUGAGUCCUGAGCUUUUCUCCAACAAGUCGUACAACUACAAGUCGGAUGUUUGGGCUCUGGGCUGCUGCGUGUACGAGAUGGCAACUCUUUAACACGCCUUCAAUGCAAAAGACAUGAACUCGCUCGUGUACCGUAUCGUAGAGGGAAAGUUGCCUCAGAUGCCAUCUAAGUACGAUCCUCAGCUAGGAGAGCUGAUCAAGCGAAUGCUGUGUAAGAGGCCAGACGACAGACCGGAUGUCAAACACAUUCUGCGGCAGCCCUAUAUCAAACAGCAGAUUGCAGUCUUUUUGGAGGCCACUAAAGAGAAAACUGCCAGUUCCCAAAAGAAGGUGAACAGCAAGCCUAAUAGAGACAUACCAAGAGACGUGCAUGUUCUUCAAAAGCAGGAGCCACAGUGUGUCAACUCUGAGCAGAAAAGCAGAGGAAGCAGGUCAGAGGAAAAUCAAUCCAAACAUCACAACGGCAUAAAGGACAAUAUUCUCCCAAACCCACCCCUGUUCAUAAACUCCCCAAGUCAGGACAUUUAGGACGUCCUGAAUUCAACAGAUCAGAACGUAGCAACCAUCAGCAAUACUGACAUCGACAUCCAACCUCAGGAAUACAAGGACAAGCUACGGAAAGUGAAACCCCAUCGACCCGCAGCUUCAGCGGCCAAACGGACAGAGAGAGACGAGAAAAAGAAAGAGGACACGGCCGUUCCUCAGCCACACCCCAGAACACAAGUAUCAGGUGUCCUUAUCGGAAAGGAAGAACGCUCGCUUGUUUUACUGAGUUCGAGUUUGACAGAAUUGUUAAAACCCACGGAAAGAAUCAAACCCGUAAAAGACAGCAGAGCUCCGUUUGUGGAGGAGGACACUAUGAAACUGCUGCAGCAGGCAGCGAUGGAGGACUGGCACUCAUGGAGUCUUACAACCCAGAGCAAACUGCAGCUCCUUCAGAAACCAGCAAGCAACAUAUUCAUCCUACUUUCUCUUCCGUGGAGCCGUCCACGUCCCGUCAGUGCAGACAGAGAUGUGGCCCACGAUGAGAGCAAAAUUAAAGCAGCCAAUUCCAUGCCUCUGCCUCCACUUCAUGAAAAUUCCCCAACCGUAGGUAUAAAAAGGAGAGAAGGAAGUGAAGUUGAGAUGGCUAAACACUCUGAUCACCAACAUGACCCUAUACCCCAGAAUCGGCUUCUAUCAGCCCGAGAGAGGAGGCAGCUGAGGAAGAUACGAGAAAACCAGAGCGAGUCAGCUCCUGCUGUCAGAAGGGCGUCGUGCGAUGUUGCCUCGGUAAAUGCCAAGAACACGGACCAGCCUGAGAGAAAAUCAUUAUUGUGUCACUCGGAUGAGGAGUGCAGCUCAUCCACCAGUACCACAGAGCGCUCUGAGGGAGACUACAGAGAGGGCAAAAGCAAGACCAACGAGAUGCAAGACCUGGUCCAGAUGAUGACGCAGACAUUACGAAUGGACGCCAGAGACGUCCUGUGUGAGCAGGAAAGCUCGCGGUCUAACUCGGCCAUGGUGCCCGAGUUCAAACUGAACACGACGUACCGAGACACGCUGAUGCUUCAUGGGAAAAGCAGAGCGGGAGAGCGCGACUUCUAUUUCAGUGACGUCCGAUCAAAGGACUCUUCAGGACCGGCUAAGAUUAGGAGAGCCGUGGAGCACUCGCGCACAGACAUGGUUAAAGGACUCUGAGUGAAACUGCUGGACAAAAUCCUGGACCUCCUGCAGGAGGAGGACGAGGACAAGCGAGAGGUCUUGCUACGGCAGCAGAUGGGGGAAGAAAAGUACAAAGCGUACGCCGUUAUGGUGCGGCAACUAAAAUUCUUCGAGGACGUCGCGUUCAAAUGCUGAGUAAAUCCGCUGACGCGCAAACCCUGAUCAUGUCUCCACUGAUGAUUAGUAGACUUUGGCGAUUAUACUUUGAUUUCCUUUGUAAAUAUGAACUGAUACAAUGCACUGAAUGAAUCACAUGUCUUUAUGCAACUUAUCUCAGUGACCAGCAUUUCGUUUCUCCUGUAUGAUUGUAAAUUUCUGAUCCGGUUCUAUAUUGAAAGUCAACAUUUUUCUAUUGCCUACACGAUAUAUAUGUUUCGAAAUGUAGGAUGAUUUAUAAUAAACACUUCGGUUUCUGUAAAAAAAAAAAAAAAAAAAAUCGCCACUUCGUCUCCACUCCUGCCAGCCAAGUACAGGAAUCUGAGCUAUAGUGGGUACAGGAUCACUGAAAAUGGACAGGUAAAGGUUGGAAAAAGACCAAACAAUGUUUUAUAAACUCUAGAGACUUUUGAAAAUACCAGGAGAUACUUAAACCAACUGUGUUAGCUUCCACUGUUAUGCUGAUGAUACACAGUUGUAUGUUUCAGCGAAGCUAGAGGACAGACAUAAGCUUAGUAAAGUUGAGGAUUGUGUAAAGGACAUUAGACAUUGGAUGUUAACUUCCUUCUGCUUAAUUCUGAUAAAACAGAAAUACUUUCAUUAGGCCCACGUGUAGCUAGAAGUAAUCUUUCUGAUCACAUGGUUACUCUGGAUGGUCUUUCUGUUUCAUCAUGUGCAGCAGUUAAAGACCUUGGAGUGAUUAUUGACUCCAGCCUAUCAUUUGAUGCUCAUGUAGAUAAUAUUACUAGGAUAGCCUUCUUUCAUCUCAGAAAUAUUUCUAAAAUAAGAAAUAUAUUGUCACUACAUGAUGCGGAAAUACUAGUUCAUGCAUUCGUCACCUCUAGAUUAGAUUACUGUAAUGCCAUACUGUCUGGAUGUUCCAGUAGGAAUAUAAAUAAGCUCCAAUUAGUCCAGAAUGCAGCUGCUAGAGUCCUAACUAGAACUAGAAGAUACGACCAUAUCACACCGAUAUUAUCAAUACUGCAUUGGCUCAAAGUAAAAUCUCGCAUUAAUUAUAAAAUACUUUUAUUAACCUAUAAAGCACUAAAUGGUCUCGCGCCACAAUAUCUAAGCGACCUUUUGGUUUUCUAUGAUCCGCCACGCCUACUUAGAUCAAAAGAUGCAGG